CUCGCUGGCACAACAGAUAUGUGAUGCUUGCGCGGAUGAAUCCAGAACCAGCAUAGACUACCUAGACUCUGCGAAACGCAGCACAACAGGAAGGCAAUCCAAACCCGGAAGUUAAGACCUGAUAAAAGAGAGAGAAAAGCAAAAAAGAGGUGAGCGGAAAAUGUCGUUUGGAGGCGGCAUCGGCUCGCGGCUCACCCAACCCUUCCGGGUCCUGUGGAGCCGGUACCGGAACCCGAUCCGCGCCUCGGUCUGGACCGUCCAAGGCAUCGCGGCCUUCCACAUGUUCUUCGCGCACCUCUACGCCUUCGACUCGGCCGCGGGGCCCUCGAUGCUGCCUCUGUUCGACCUGGUCGGCGACUCGAUCCUGAUCAAGAAGGAGCACCGGCGCGGUAGGGGCGUCGGCGUCGGCGACGUCGUCGUAUUCAAGAUCCCGACGGAGCGCGAGUCCUUUGGCGUCAAGCGCGUCGUCGGCAUGCCCGGCGACUAUGUCCUCAUCAACUCGCCCGAGAGUGGCAGUGACAAGAUGCUGCAGGUGCCCCAGGGCCACUGCUGGGUCGUCGGCGACAACCUGCCCGUGUCCAGGGACUCGCGCCACUGGGGCCCGCUGCCCCUGGCCCUCAUACAGGGCAAGAUCAUCGCCAAGCACCAGCACUGGUCCGACUUCCAAUGGAUCGAGAAUCCUCUGUCGGGCCCCCGAUAAGCCGAAGCCGAGUCGCAUUGGACACAUAGUGUUUUGGGCGCACCAGCUGCCCCGAAGCGCCUAGUUUUGUAGACUGCGCACCGCCUCGCGGUUUGAAGCAAGUCUAGGGAGCUUUUCCACGAGCACUCAAGCGUCUCCCCGAUGAGGCUAUGGAAAAUCCCAUUCGGGGCCGUCGGGCUUGGAAGCUUGGUCUUCACCUGAUGAGCAUAGAGACAGGCAAGCAAAUGGCCGAGAACAGAGCUCCCAUGGUGGGUAUCGCCGAUCGAUUUGCUUGGUCACAGAAAAAUUCUCACGAUGCAAGGCUUGCGACGGCGAAGCACGCGGGUUUGUGCACGUGGGGAGGAUCUAGAAAGAGUAUAUUCACUAGGCCCGCCGCCUUCAUAGCAUCCUGUAUGCAGUCCAGAAACGAUAGGAUAGAUAACAAAUGGGGUGGGCUAAGAAGGUGGAUAAAUAGAGGGAGAAAGGAAAAGAGGUUUGCCGGCGGACCGAGCACAAAUAUCAGCCUGGUCAUUCUACGCUCGAGGCCACUGUACCUUCUCCGCACCUAUAAAAGUGGCAGCCCAAACGUUGCACUAUUAUAGAAAGGGGUUGGAUCUUCACACUCCCAGCACAGGCGGAGGUAUGAAAACAAAAUAAGAGAGCAUGAGAAGGAAAAAAAGGGGGAGGAUAGAACAGAAAAGAAAACAGAAGACUGGAUACGCCACAAACACCGUGCCCGCCUCAUGUCCAGAGGAUGCCGUAGGGAUGAUAGCCAAAGUGGAGAACACUGAGAUGUGAG